AAAAUUUUGUUUGGCAACAGAUUUGUAUUUAUGCUGGUUUCAAUCAUAUUUACUGCAAGUGAGCUGGGUGUCUUUGAUUUGCUGAGGGAGUCGGGGGAACUGCUGUCAUCUGCGACUGUGGCCGAGCGCUUGAAGACCAGUCUCACCGGGAUGCAGAUGCUGCUGGAGGCCUGCGUGGGGUUAAAGGUCCUGAAAGUGGAAUGGAAGGAGGGCAAAGCUCUUUAUGGAAACACAGAGUUUGCUGAUCUCUUUCUGGCUAAAUCAAGCCCAAAGUCUCAGUAUUAUUCCAUGAAGUACUAUUCAGAAAUGAUAUAUCCAGCAAUGCAAUAUUUGUCUGAAGUGGAUGGGAAAUCUCAGAUUUUAUCAAUAUAUGGCAUUCCUUCAAAGAACAUUUAUGGACCUCUAUACAGGCUCUGCAUUUUAGGAGAAAAUGUGGUUUCUGGUGUAGAGGACACUGCUUACCAGGAUCUUCAAUCUCAGUUUCUGUUUCAAUGGAAGGCAUUGAAGUUCAUGAGUGAGGCUUGGAGUCUGCACGGAAAAGACGUGGUCUCUGCCUUUGAUCUUUCUGGUUUUCAGCUCAUUUGUGAUCUGGGUGGAAGCAGUGGUGGCUUAGCUAAGGAAUUGGUUUCAGUAUAUCCAAAUUGUACCGUGAAACUUUUCGAUCUUCCUGGAGUUGUGGAAAUAUCAAAAAAAUAUAAUGCAUUUUCAGAUGACUCUCAGAUCUCUUUCCAUGAAGGGGAUUUUUUUAAAGAUCCAAUUCCUGAAGCAGAUCUUUACAUCAUUUCAAGAGUCUUGUAUAACUGGAGUGAUGAAAAGUGCAUCCAGCUGCUAACAAAAGUGUUUACAGCCUGUAAGCCAGGUGGUGGAGUCCUGGCAGCUGACCCAAUUAUUGAUGACAAAAUAUGUGGGUCACUUCCUGCUCAUUUGUACUGCAUCAUAAUGUUGCUUGUAUGUGAAGGAAAAUCACAAAAAUCGGAGCAUCGAAUGCUCUUCCAAACUGCUGGCUUUAAAGAUAUUCAGUUUAAGAAAGGAACUGUCUUCGAUGUCCUUUUGGCCAGAAAAUAA